CGCGGCGCGCUGUUCUCUCGUCACAAAAACCACUCGGGCGGCGGCUAUGGCGGCUCGGAGGAGCGGAGGAUCGCGCAGCACUACAGCGCGCGAUCGAACCAGACGCUGCGGGAGCGAGAGAAGAGCCCCAUUAUCCACCUGAAGAAGCUUAACAAUUGGAUCAAGAGCGUCCUGAUCGACCAAUUUGGGCGCCAGGGAGACCGCGUUCUUGAUCUCGCCUGCGGCAAGGGAGGCGAUCUCAACAACUGGAGCAUCGCCAAGGCCGGCUACUACGUUGGGGUUGACAUCGCCGAAGGCUCCAUAAGGGACUGCUUGGCCCGCUACAAUUGCCAACAACAACAGGGGAUUAGGAGGAGUUUCCCCUUUCCUGCGCGGCUGAUUUGUGCCGAUUGCUUCGAGGCGCCCCUGGAUGAGUUUCUGCACCAAGAUGCACCCUUCGACAUCUGCAGCUGCCAGUUUGCGCUGCACUACUCUUGGUCGACUGAAGCGCGAGCACGGCAAGCACUGGCCAACGUAUCCGCAUUGCUUCGUCCUGGAGGAACCUUCAUUGGGACAAUGCCUGAUGCCAAUGUCAUUCUGAAUAUGCUCAGAGAAACUGAUGAUGGAUCUCUGCAAUUUGGGAACAGUGUUUACUCCAUCAUUUGUGGCCAAGAGGAUGCUGACAAGAUGAGGUUGCCCCCAGAUGCAUCAUCCAGUACUGCACCUUUUGGGAUCAAAUACAUGUUCCAUUUGGAGGAUGCUGUUGAUUGUCCAGAAUGGCUCGUUCCAUUCCACCUCUUCGGAUCGCUGGCAGAUGAGUAUGGUCUGGAGCUGGUCCUGGUGAAGAACUUCAGCGACUUUGUACAUGAGUACCUGCAGGAGCCCAAGUAUUCUCAUCUCAUGCAGAAGCUUGGUGCCCUUGAUGGACUAUCACAGGAUGAGUGGGAGGUGUCCUGUCUCUACCUCGCAUUUGUUCUGCGGAAGCGAGGCCCACCGGCACUGCCCUCCCGACGGAGAGCCGACAAUGCUAAAAGAGGAAAGACCUUCCUCACCGAGAGCGACAUUGAGUUUCUUGGGAUGUAAUUAUGUAAAGCAGAAUCAUGAACUUUUGUCUCUAGAUCGACUUCUGUAAUACCAUAUUCCGCCUCUGUUGUAACUAUAGUCCUCAGGUUGACCUAGCACAUCACGCACCUGCGAGUGCUCUGCUUGCGCUGACCCGUAAGGGUUCCUGUACUACAUAUGUACCACCCUUUGAUCAAUACAAGUUAGUGAAAAAUUUCACAAUUCAAA